UAUAGUCUAUAGGAAAUUAAUUUAACUUUCAACAUGCCAAAAAAAUCAUAUUUUAUAUAAAAUUAGUUUUUUCAGACUUGCAAUAUGUCGUUAGUUGAAGAAGUUUGUGUUUGUGGUAAAAUGAAAGCAAAAAUGAAUAGUACAAAUUGGCUAAGACAUACUAUAGCAUGCAAAAAACGAAAAUCAGUAGAAAGUACUGCAAAGCUCAGUACAUUUUUUAAGUCGUCUAGAAAUGUUUCUGACAAAGUUGAAACACUGGUUAUAGAAACUAUUGAUAGUGUUGUAUGUGAACAACGUAAAUCUGACAGUCAGAAUUAUUCCGAAUCAAUACCCAAUGAUGAUGUUAUUGAUUCUAAUUUGUUGACUGAAAUUCAAUCCACAUCUUACACUAAUUCUGUCGAACCAAAAGAUAAUACUGGUAGUGAACAAUGUAUAUUUGACUCAAUACCCGAUGAUGAUGUUAUUAAUUCUAAUUUGUUGACUGAAAUUCAAGCCACGUCUUACACUAAUUCUGUUGAACCAAAAGAUAAUACUGAUAGUGAACAAUGUAUAUUUGACUCAAUACCCGAUGAUGAUGUUAUUGAUUCUAAUUUGGUGAAUGAAAAUCUGGACAAGUUGUGCACUAAUUGUGUUGUAUCUAAAGAUAUAAUUGAAGUUUCCAGUGUUAGCUCUACAACUGAAAAUAUAAGUGGUUCAAACGUAGAGAGUUAUCUUAAUAAUAUUUCUACUAUAUUUGAAAGUUAUCCAAAUGAUCCAGCUUUAAUUCCUACAUCAAAUAUUUCUGAUGAACAGUUUUCAUUUAUUAAUUCACUUGGGCCUUGUCAACCUUUACAAUCUAGUUUACCAGGAAAACAAUUCCCAAAAAGAAUGCAAGGAGAAAGACUGAGAUCAUUUCAUGAUGAGCACUACUUCAAGAAACUUCAAGAUGGAUCACUGGUUAAACGUAUGUGGAUGUCAUAUUCUCCAUCCGUUGAUAAAGUGUAUUGUAUUGCAUGUAAACUAUUUGGAACAUCAACAGCUAAGAAAAAUCCUUUAGCUAAAGAUGGAAUAAAUGAUUGGAAACAUAUUUCUAGAAGAAUUUUAUGCCAUGAAACGUCAUCUGAUCAUUUACAAGCGGUUUUAAGAAAAUCUAUGUAUAAUUCAAAUCAACGGGUAGACGUUGGACUGAUUUUAGAAUCAUCUAACGCUUAUGUUGCCGAAAACAGAGAAGUUGUUAAAAUUAUAUUUGAAACUAUUAUUUAUCUUGCUCGGCAAAAUAUAUCAUUUCGAGGGCAUGAUGAGAGUUUAACUUCUUUAAAUAAGGGAAAUUUUCUAGAGAUGUUAAAACUAUUGUCAAAACACCAUGCGUUGCUCUCAUGUCAUCUUAGAAAAAUUGAAGAUUCAAAAAACCACAAUCGUCUGACAUUUUUAUCGAAUGUAAGUCAAAAUACAAUGAUUUGUAUUCUUGGUGAGCUAAUUCGUUCAAAAAUUUUAAAAAGUGUUAAAAGUGCUCAAGUAUUUUCUAUUAUGAUAGAUACAACCACCGAUAUAUCCAACUUGGAACAAUUUUCAUUAGUAUUGCGUUUUGUUAAUGAUCAAGGGAUGGUAGAAGAGAGGUUAGUUGCUUUAAAAAUAGCAACUGACUCAACUGGAAAAGGAAUGUUUAACUUAUUUUGUGAUAUUUGUGAAAAAUAUGGCUUGGACUGGAAAAAUCAAUUAUGUGCUCAAUCGUACGAUGGUGCUGCUGUUAUGCAAGGGCAAUACUCAGGACUUAGAACAUUAAUUCAAGAGCACAAUCCUCGAGCAGUAUAUAUAUGGUGCUUUGCUCAUACUCUGAAUUUAACAAUUGUUGACACAUGUGAUUCUUGUACAGAAACUAGAAACUUUUUUGGUUAUAUUCAAUCAUUAAAAGAGUUUAUGGCAGCACGUAAAAGAACAGCAUUAUUUAUGGAACACCAAAAAAAAUUAUACCCACAUGAGCGUGCUCGUCGAAUGAAAAACUUUUCUACCACUCGAUGGACAUCACAUCAUAGGGUAAUAGAAGUGGUUUUUGAAAAGUACAAAGCCAUUUUGAAUACAUUAGAAGACCUCUCAAAUAUAAGCGACCGAUCAACAGGCUCAUUAGCAACCACUUUAUUCAAAAAUAUUACAUCUUUCUCAUUUGUGUCGAUAAUGUUUUUAACGAAAACAAUUUUUGAGAUUACAACACCAUUAUCUAAAUACCUCCAAUCUCCAGCGAUUGAUUUUAUGCAAGCCUUAGUCAUGGUCGAUUCUGUAAAACAGCAACUAACUAACUUACGAACAACUGAAGGAGCACAUGAAGUAUUACAAAAUGCUAAACAAUUUGCAAUCGAUAAUGAACUUGACGAAACACAACUUCCUGAAAUAAGGCUUAGAAAACGAAAAAGAAUGUUUGAUGAAAUCUCUGAAGAUGAAAUAAUUUCAAAUCCAGUAGAUAAUUUCAAAUCUAAAGUAUAUUUUCUAGUCAUUGAUAAAAUAAUAAUGUCAAUAACAACACGAUUUGAAAAAUCAAACGAUAUUCUUAAAGACUUGUCUUUUUUAACACAUGAUAGAUUAAUGAAUGCCAAUCAAGGAAAACCAUGUCCUGACGAUAUGUUUAAUUCUUUGAAAAUAUGGAUUCCUCAGAUUAAUCAAGAUGCACUACGCAUUGAAUAUACUGUAUUUUCUAAAAGUUUUUUAGAAUUUCAAUCUCAAAUUAACCCAGAUAAAGUUCACAAUUACACUGACGACAUUAAUUUUAUCAACAAUAAUGAAUAUGAAGAUGAUUCUGAUGAAAAUCAUGAAAAUGAAAGUCAAGACACCAACAUAAACCGUUCUAAGAAAACAACACCACUCCAAUUGCUCCAACUACUUAAUUCAUUUGACUUAAUUACAGCUUUCCCGAAUUUAUACCUUGUAUAUAAACAUAUGUGUACCAUUCCAACAACUUCCGUUUCUUGUGAACGGUCAUUUUCAAAACUCAAACUUAUUAAAACUAGACUCCGGUCAACAAUGGCACAAAGUAGGUUAGAAAGUCUUAUUUUGAUAUCAUGUGAAAAAGAUUUGACCAAUUCUAUUAACAUUGAUGAAGCAAUAGAUAAGUUAGCAUUAACAAGUGAUUUAAUGAAGAAGUCAUUACUUUUUAAAUAAU